AUGCGCGCCACCACAACCACCCUGGUGAUAGGUAGUAUUCUACGUCUUAUUAAUGCACAAUUCCCUCCAGAGCCAAAGGGCAUUACGCUUCUGAAGUCCAAGUUUCACGAAAAUGUGACAAUAUCAUACAAGGAGCCAGGCAUUUGUGAGACGACCCCAGGAGUGAAAUCUUACGCCGGCUAUGUCCAUCUUCCGCCAGGCACAUUGGACGAUGGCGUCGGCGGAGAGACGCAGAACUAUCCCAUGAAUACCUUCUUCUGGUUCUUCGAAGCCCGCAAGGCUCCCGAGAACGCGCCCCUCGCCAUCUGGCUCAACGGCGGCCCAGGUGGUUCGUCAAUGAUGGGCUUGCUAGAAGAGCUAGGACCAUGCUUUAUCGGGCCCGACUCAAAGACCAGCAUCCUGAACCCAUGGAGCUGGAACAACGAGGUGAAUAUGCUGUUUCUGGAUCAGCCCACCCAGGUCGGCUUCUCAUAUGAUGUCCCGACCAACGGCACGCAGAAGCCGGACAACGAAUGGGGCUUUUUCAACACGUAUCCCACGAAUUUCAGUGAAGGCGUCCCAGAGACAAACUACACCUAUCGCGUCGGGACCUUCUCCAGCCAGGACAGGGCCCAGACUGCCAACUCGACCGCUCAUGCGGCCCAUGCUCUGUGGCAUUUUGCCCAGACGUGGUUCUUCGAGUUCCCGCAUUACAAGCCGCUGGAUGACCGUAUCAGCCUCUGGGCCGAGAGCUACGGCGGGCAUUAUGGCCCGGGAUUUUUCAGUUUCUUUCAAAAGCAGAACGAGAAGAUUGCCAACGGGACGGGCGAGGAUGGGGCCAGAUAUCUCCACCUUGAUACUCUGGGAAUUAUCAACGGCUACCUGGACAUGGUCAUCCAGGGCGAGACAUAUAUCGAGUACCCCUAUAACAACACAUAUGGGAUCCAAGUGUUCAACCAAUCGCUAUAUGACGAGCUCAUGUCCAACUGGACCAAGCCCGGCGGGUGCAAAGAACGCGUUACCAAAUGUCAAGAUGCACUAAAAGGACGCGAUCCGGUGUUUGUGCGUCGAUCAGAGAAGAACUUGACGGAGAUCUGCGGCGACAUCGCAGACGAGUGCACAGAUUCUGUCAUCAAUAUAUAUCAAGGUAUCACCGGAGCUCGCGGGUGGUUCGACAUUUCUCACCCGAAGCACGACCCCUUCCCUGCACCACACAUGCUCGGUUAUCUAACACAGGAGUCCGCUCUCGCUGCUCUUGGAGUCCCAGUGAACUUCUCCGAGUCGUCGAUGGCUGUUGGAGAGGAUUUUCAUGCCACGUACGACAUGAUUCACGGUGGCUUUUUGGAGUCCGUGGCCUACUUGCUGGACAGUGGUGUUAAAGUCCACAUGAUGUACGGAGACCGAGAUUAUGCCUGCAACUGGAUCGGCGGCGAGCGAGCCAGCCUGGCAAUACCAUACAGCCGCAAAGAAGAUUUCGCCAAUGCCGGCUACAGCCCCCUGAUCACCCCGGAUGGAUUCAGCGGGAUGACUCGCCAAUUGGGUAACUUUAGCUUCACACGGGUCUACCAGGCCGGGCACGAAGUCCCCUCAUACCAGCCGAUAGCCGCCUAUGAGAUCUUUAUGCGCGCAACUUUCAACCGAGAUGUUGCAACUGGCCUAAUUCCCGUCACAGACGAAUUGUCCACGCUCGGUCCGAAGGACACGUGGAAGAUAAAGAACGUACCUCCUGAGAUGCCGACGCCCCGAUGCUAUAUCUUGAGACCAGGGACUUGCGUACCAGAUGUCUGGGAGAAAGUGAAGAAUGGCACUGCCGUUGUGAAGGAUUGGUUCGUUGUAGAAGAAGACGGGGAAGAUAUCGAGCUUUUGAAGCCAGAUGAGGACGAUCAACUAGUCAUCGAUGAGCUCUGA